AUGAUUUUUGUAACUUUAAUUUGUGUGGCGCUUAUCGCGUUAUACUUUUACGGGACCAAAACUUUUAAAUAUUGGGAAGAGCGGGGAGUCAAACAUGCCAGGCCUAUUCCAAUCCUAGGGAAUAAUGCAAGGAAUUAUCUAAUGCGCAAAAGUAUGACCCAAGUAAUAACAGAGGUAUAUUGGAAGUAUCCAGAUGAGCCCGUCGUAGGUUUUUUUAGAUCGUUACGUCCAGAGCUUAUUGUAAGGGACCCCAAUAUUAUCAAAAGGAUCCUCAACACAGACUUUCAAUACUUUUAUCAGCGUGGACUCAAUCACAAAGCAGACAUGGAGCCUCUGAAUAGGAACCUGUUCUUUACGGGCGGUGACAUGUGGCGGCUGCUGCGGCAGCGCCUCACCCUCAUGGCGCGCUACACCACUGACUUCAUUGGUGCUUGCGGUUUCGGUCUCGACGCAGAUUCUUUGCAAGACGAAGACUCCGAAUUUAGAAAACUCGGAAUGGAAAUAUUUCGUAUAGAUGCCAAAUUUAUCUUUAAGCUUUUUCUUAAGCAGCUGUUUCCCGAGACAUUCAAAAACCUUAAAAUGUUUGGUCAUAUUGAAAAGACUGUUAUCCAACUUCUGAAACAGGUUCUCAAACAGCGAAAUUAUCAACCGUCUUCUAGGAAUGAUUUCGUAGAUUUAUUAAUUGAAUGCAAAAAGAAGGGCACCAUCGUCGGGGAAUCUAUUGAGAGGAGAGAUGCAGAAGGCAAACCAGAAAUAGCAAAACUAGAAAUUGAUGACGAGAUUUUGGCGGCUCAAAUGUUUGUUUUCUUCGCUGCAGGAUUCGAAACGUCGUCCUCCGCCACAAGCACCACGUUGAACGAACUCGCUCACAAUCCGCACGUACAAGUGAAAGUACAAGAAGAAAUUGAUCGAGUAUUGGCAAAACACAAUAAUAAAUUGUGUUAUGAAGCUGUCAAAGAGAUGACUUACUUAGAGUGGACAUUUAAAGAAGGAAUGAGAGUUUUACCAUCCCUGGGGUUCUUAACGCGAGAGUGUGUCCGAAAAUACACUUUUGAAGAUUUGAACUUUUCAAUUGACGAGGGCGUUUUGGUGAUGAUUCCCGUGCAGGCCCUGCAGAACGACCCGAGUUACUUUCCUGACCCUGAAGAGUUCCGACCUGAACGCUUCGAUCCUGAGCUUGCUGACCCCAACAACAAAUUUGUCUACCUGCCUUUUGGAGAAGGGCCUCGAGCUUGUGUCGGCGAGCGGCUGGGGCUGAUGCAGUCGCUGGCGGGGCUGGCGGCCGUGCUGUCCAAGUUCGACGUGAGCCCGGCGCCGGGCGCGCCGCGCCACCCCGUGCUCAACCCCGCCGGCGGCAUCGUGCAGAGCGUGGUCGGAGGCAUCCCACUCGUGUUCCGCGAGCGCUCCGCCCCACACUAG